AUGCCCCUUCGCGCUCUUCGCCUGCUUCCCUUUCCGACCACCUCCGAGCCUUCUCUUGCCACCUCACUUUCUUUUGCCACAACCCUCCAGCUUGCAGCCGCUCGCGCCUGGUCCAGACGCGUCCAAGCCAAUGCUUCUACCACAGCUACUCAGAGACGCCGUGUAAACACACCCAGUUCUCCUACUAUAUCUUCCAAUGAGUCCAACAAGUCUCUCCAACCCAGUCCGUCUGACUCAAAGCGCAGACAGUACGGCGCUAUCUCCAGUACUCCAAUUACGAGAGCUGGAAGCGACAACAAUCGUGUAAAAUGUUCCGAGAGCAAGGCUCCCCAUCCUUCUUCCUCUAGGUCCCACACCAAACCAAAGCCUCUUUGGGGUGACCCGGUUUCGAACAAUUUGCUUUACAAUCCACAACUACAGCUGGAUCCUGUUCUUCCUAAACUGGAACAAAAUAACCUUUCUCCCCAAUUUUCAAGCAAACCUCCUCUCCAACCCACCCACACGGCUUUCGCCGAUUCCCCGCACUUUGCUAGCUCUGCAACUCCCCCAACCCCCGAAAGCACUGGAUCGCUACACCAAAAUUUACUAUACCUCCUUCACGUUCGCAGACCUCUAUUAUCGUUACCCGCACUUCUGGACUAUCAUGCUCAAUUUCCUAAUCUGCACUCAACAUCUUCUUACAACCUACUUAUUUCAUUGAGUCUACGCCACGGGUCUUAUGGUAUGACCCAACAACUUCUCAGACGGCUAGAGGAUGCAAACAUUCCUAAAAACGUAGAAACCUACAAAUUAGAGGUUCGGUGGUACAUUGGGAAGGGACUAUGGAACAACGCUUGGAACUAUGUGCAGGAGUUGAUGGCAGAGAAAAGACUGCCUUCGGAUGAAAUUCCCUACCAGAUCUGGUUAGAGUUCUGCCGCACACCUAGAGCGCGUCGAGUACGGCGCAAUUUAUAUGAUGAAGAUGGCCAAUUUCUGCGGACCUACUUCGAACGUCUAGACGAAGCACCUGCUGACCUACGAAAGCGUCAAAAACUUAUCUCCGACAACCGACCUUCGAAUGUGCCGACCCUGCCCAACACCAAGCCAUUCGCUGUAUACUGUCUCACUCAGUUAUUGAUCAGGACUGGAAACCGUCACCGGGCACUUGAUCUCGCUAAAGCCUACUUUCAGUCGCUCCCACGAUCCAUGGACACCAAGAGCGCUCUGCGAUGUCUCGACACUAUACAUGCUCUCAUGGUGUCUUGCCCAGCCAAAAACGGUUUGCCUAGAUUUUAUGAGGCUCGACGAAUGCUCGUUUCUCUGCUUAAAUUGCACCCAUCGUUACGCCCCAAUUCGCGUACAAUCUACCUCCUUUUGGGCCCUCUACAACGCGCCAAAAAAUGUGGAACGAUUGCCUGGAAAACUUUGAGCUUCUAUCGUCGUGUAUGGGGGGAACAAGUGGAAGAUAAGCGUGUUCGAAGACGUGUUUCUCACCUUGCGUUGAAGGAAGGCCGAAUGGAUGUGGUAAACCAAAUGAUGCAGUCCGAGGCGUCCGACCGUUAUCGUCAGCGGCGAUUACAUGAAGAGGUUAUGGCCAACGGGGUGGACAGAGGACGUCCAGGGUGGCAUAUUCAUUUUCCCCCACGCGAAUUGUACCCUAAGUACGGCCGAGAAACACGGUUGUGGACUCGACUGAGGGGAAAACUCAGGAAUUUUCUCAAGAAGAGGAAAGGUGCCGGACGAAAUAUCUAA